AUGGAGGACACCGCGACACUGAGCACCAGCGCGUCCAGUGUUCGGACCCUCCACCAGAGCCUCGCAGAGCUGGCAUCACAGAGAGAGCAGCAGCUGGGGUCGAGUGGGGUGACGGAUUGCGCAGCUAGCACAUCCACUAGCCACGCGAGCAGCAGCACGAACACCGGCGUCCAUGUCUCAGAAUCGUACAGCGCCUACUCGGGGUCAAGCAGCGGCCUCGUCCUACCAUCGCCGCCAGACAGCCCGAACCUCAGCCCAAUCCACAGCGCGACACACAGCCCCUCGAUCGACAGCGUCUCCGAGUCGUCUUUGCCCUCCGUAUCUUCCUCGUUCUUCUUUUCUUCGAGUGCUGCAGGGAGCCCUGGGCGCUCGAGGGCCAGCUCGUACCCGCACUCCGAGGGCGGCUCGCAGCCUCACUCUGAUCAUGAGUCGAAGCCCGGGCACAAUUUGAUCAUUCCGUCACUCACUCUUCCGUCUGCGCUCCGACGGCCGACGCCAUUCGGACAGACGCUUGGCGAGCUUCGGCUGCUCGUUUUGGGUGCUCAGGGUGCAGGCAAGAGCUUUCUGACGGGCCUGCUGCUAGAAGACAACGAAGAUGUGGUGGAAGUCGGGACCUGGGAAGACUGGGAAGAGGGAUCGGGAGAUGGGGAUGGGUACGGCAAGGUGCUGAGGGCGUCGACGGACUGGGCGGAGCAGAAGGAUUCGUUUGGACUGGAGAGGUUUGAGCCGACACGGAAUGUGCACAUCGUUGAACUUCCAGGAUACGGACAGGAUGCAGACGUGAGUCUCGGAAUGUUUUCGCCUCACCCUCCUUAUCUCCCACUUCCAUCUCGCUUCCUCGCGAACCUGACUGAUGAUGAAAUCAUUGUCCAGGCCACUGAACUGAUAACGCGACUGAAGCACAUCAUCGAGACACCCUUCCACGCCCUGAACAACGUCCUUCAUCCUGAUACCGCGCCGUCAGGCAUUGUCGCAAGUAUGCUUGCGUCACCGACAUCGCCACUCUACACUGCUCUCGUGUUUCUCCUGCCUUCCACUCCGACGACACUUGAUCGACAGAUUAUAUCUGCACUCUCAACGCACAUCCCGCUCAUCGUGCUUCCACGGCUGCACGGCCCGCAUCGCGAAGCGCCCGACCCUUCCAAGCUGUCGAACUUCCGCCCUUCCUCUGCCGUUGCGUUGCGGAACGGUCUCUUCCAUUCACCAGAAACUGUCCAGCUACUUCGAUCAGAGGCAGUUGAUCGGUUCCUGAGAUGGAGGGAGGUGGAACGAAGCGUCGAGCAGAUCGCGUCCCGCGAGACGAGGAAGCGGCGGUUGGGCGAGAGGGAAUGGGGUAGAUCGAAGAAUCAUUCGCUGGAUGUGCACGUCGCGAGGCGGGAGAGGGAGGGCACUGUCACCAAGAGAAGUGCAAGCCAUCCGAAGGCUGCCUUGGAAUCUUCCGAUCAUAUGUCGGAGAAGGAGGAACACGACACGACCUCGCCCAGGCAGCCGCGACAGCCGUACUGGCAUCCUCAGCAUCCUGACUUCGACCCUCUCCACCUCCCCUCGCUGCUCAUCUUCGGCGUCUCGCUCCUUGGGCCGCUAAAAGAGCGUUUGAGCCAGUCUGUGCGCGGGCUCUUUGUCGCGUUGGGAGAAGCCCGCGUACGUGUUGCGUUGGUUGGUGGAUUCUGCAUUGGUGUUGGUUUCAGCGUUUUCACUCGGUAA